AUGUACGACAAGGUUCCAAAGAAAGGAAAGGUAGAGCUGGGUGUUUCUGUUGUCGGUGUGAGUGUCUGUGUUGUCUUUGUGCUUUCUAAUCUGUCUUUGUGUGUUCUGUUGUUUGUACUGGAGACCUCUGCUGCUUCUGAAGCUGCCGAAGAUGGCGUGGGUGUCAACUCCAGAUCACUGGUCAGCGUUGUUCUGGUACUUUUCCUUCUUAUGUUCGUUGUGCAUGCCACAUAUGUGACGAGCAAUGCCUAUUCACAUCCUUCAGUAGUGCUGCAAAGCUCUAACAGUCAUGGUGAUCGUAUCAUCAUGGAUGACUUCCGUGAGGCUUAUCAUUGGCUACGCGAAAACACAGCUGAUGAUGCACGCAUCAUGUCUUGGUGGGAUUAUGGAUAUCAGAUUGCUGGUAUGGCGAACAGAACGACUCUUGUGGACAACAAUACGUGGAACAAUUCCCACAUUGCUUUGGUAGGAAAAGCCAUGUCUUCCAAUGAAUCUGCUGCUUAUGAAAUCAUGCAUGCACUGGAUGUCGAUUAUGUGCUCGUGAUUUUCGGCGGUGUUAUUGGGUAUUCUGGAGAUGAUAUUAACAAGUUCCUGUGGAUGGUUCGUAUUGCUGAGGGAGAACAUCCGAAAGAGAUUAAGGUUUGUUUCAUGUUGCUUGUUUCAUUCAUGUUCAAAGAUUUGAAGUAGGC